UUAGUAAACACUAAUCACUCUCAAAACUCGUCACCAUCUUCAGAUUCACACCAUUCCCUCAUUUUUCACAUUUUUCCACAGCAGAAACGACUUUUUCUUCAACAAUUUCGGUUUUCUCACGAAAUCUCGGAACGGAUAACAUAUAUAAUUCACGCAUGUGACCGAAUCAGCACCAAAAAAAUGGCGGAUUACUUCCUCGAGGACAUCGUAAUCAACAUUCUCCACCGAUUGCCGGUGAAAUCCCUCCUCCGCUGCACCGCCGUCUCCAAAUCAUGGCGCUCUCUCAUCACCAGCCCCGAAUUCACCGCAUCGCACCUCCGAUUCGCGCAGCAGGUAGCUCCCUCACUCCUCCUCCGCCGCUGCAUCAAAAGCUCCGAGCGCUAUGAAUUGUAUUCCGACGAUGAUUCAUCGUCGUCGCUCAAUCGUGUCGCUGCAUUUCAAUUUCCGUUUAAGAGCAUGAAUUCGUUUUUCACGAUCGUCGGUAGCUGCAACGGAUUGCUCUGCCUCUCCGACGAUCGGGUUUAUUUGAUGAACACGGUUGUUCUGUGGAAUCCGAGUGUGAGGAGAUCGGUUUUGCUUCCGAAGCCUAAUUUGAUUUACAAUUCGUACGGUUCGUUCAAUCAGUACCUAGGGUUUGGAUUUGAUUCUGUUUCUAGUGAUUAUAAGGUUGUGAGAAUUACGUAUGUUGAUGUUGGUGUGAAUCCCCAAAUUGAGGUUUACAAGCUGAGCAGUGGUGUGUGGAAGGAUCUGAGCUGCUGUGUCGAGCUUGUUCCGGUUAUAUGUAGCCGUGCUCGCCAAGUGUUUGUUAACGGGGCUUCGCACUGGAUUGCUCGGUACAUGGAUUCGUACGAUGUGGUUGUGGCGUUUGAUAUGUGUCUAGAGGCUUUCAGGACGAUGAAGCUGCCGGUUCUUCAAGGGAGCGAUGGUCAGUUCAGGGGUCGGGAUCUGGCCGUCUAUAUGGAUUGCCUUGCUCUCAAUCUAUGGCAUGUGCCUGGUGCAGCGCUGUGUUAUAGUGUUUGGGUGAUGCAGGAGUACGGUGUUGAGAAAUCUUGGACGAAGAAAUUCUGCUUCGACUUUACUAGUGUUGGCAGUGAGCUUCUGAGGCCGUUGUGGAUCAGGAAACAAGGUGAAGCGGUGGUUGUUUGUCAGGAUGGUCGUUUGGUUUGUGUAGAUCAGGAAGGGGGCCGGGUUAAGGAUUUUGGACUUCGCGGGCAUAGAUCAGAUACGUAUCAGCGCUCUCUAGCUGUGGAUAGCUUCGUCUGCAGUUUGGUUCUCUUGGAGAGGGAUGCUUCGAGUUUGAGCUCGUUGCCGAGUGAUGAUGGGGAUAGUGCCGGAAGCUCUGGAAGCGAGUACGAGAAAAGGUCCGAAAGUGUUAGCAAGCAUAGAUUGUUAUGAACUGGAGCUGUGAAGCAAGCAUAUCAGUCUACUGGUAAGCAUUUUAAUUAGUAAUGUUAGAAUGGCAUGAAAAUCUGAAGACAUAAAAUAAACCAUUUGAUGUAGUUAUGUAAAUCUGUUAUUCUGUGCUUGUAAUGUAAUGUAAUGUAAUGAUGCAUCUUAAAUGAUUAGAAAGGCUUGAUUA